ACCAGCGAACAUGUGGAAAGGAUUCGUAUGCACUCUGCUCUGCCUGGCUUUGGUUCAGGCAGCUGUUAUCCGUCCCGAAGGGGAUUCGGAGAAUCCGGAAACAACAACUAGUGUGGUUAUCCUGGAUCAAGAGGGGGAUGUCACCACCGAGGAGUCCACAACUUUGGCGGGCCCUGCUUUGAGCCGCGAUGAGGAGGCCAGCAUACUGAUAGAUCCCGCCCCAGGCACUUUGCAAGAGGAUAGCCCCGUUGUCCAAGAGAAAUCCGGGAAGCUUCUACUGCUUAGUACAACACCCAAGCGACUGCAUGAAAAUGAGCGGCAAUUGGAGGAGCAGGAUGACGAGGCGGAGGACAACAAGGCUGAUGCUGAGCCAACCACAACUGAGCAGCCAAAGGAAAACGCAAAGCAGAUGGAGGAGGAGGUCACCCCGGAAAGUUCAACCACAGAAAGCAGCACAAUUCCGACCACGACCUCGACCACGACCAAACUGUUUGCCAUCGAUGCCACCCCAGCCGGAGUGGAUUACCCGUCACCGAACAUGGCCAUAUCCCUCUCCCAGGACAAUGAAAAUGCUACGGUUUCGAUUGCAGAGCAGCCGCAGGUGCCCGGCGACAAUAAUGCGGCCGUAGAGUUGGCCCUCGUGGAGCCGGAGGCCGAGUACGUGCUGGUGGAUGGCAGCCACGAUGACCUGGACCUCCAGCUAGCCAGCUUCACGCACAUCGACAGCGAUGUCCACUUGCAGCCGGUGGUGCAUUCCGUGGAAAUCGUCCCCACCAGCUUCGAUGAUCCUUUGAUUGUCAAUUACGUGCACAAUUUGCGAUGACUUGGCCAGGGAGGCGUGCCCGGACGAAUCAAUUAACCCGGUGCCAUUGUCCCAGGGACUCUGUUAAAGUUUCUUCUUAACGUUUUAUGACUUUUGUUACCUUAUGAAUAUACCUCUCAGUCGGCUUCUUACAAGGCCUUUACCGAAAUAAAAUAAACGUAUACAUUAAA